UAUUCGGUCUCCACGCGCUCUUCUCUACCUCCUUCAUCCUCCUUCCGCGCGUGUACAUCUAUUCGAGAAUAAUCGCAUUCGCGUGAGGAACGCGCGCAGAUACGACGAGAAUACGCCAAUUCACGUUGCUAUGCGCAUCCGCGAGAAUUACAUUUUGCAAACAUUCGAAUGUAACAUUUUUUCCUUUUAUUUUGACAUUGCACUGCUGUCUCUUUCCCCUCCUGUUUUCUUUUUUGCUUUUUCUUUCCCAGUGACGUCUUAAUCUUUACUUGCGAUUUAUCGAUACAUUUUGCUGAGAAACAUGACAACUAGGGAAACGUGAGAAAACGAUUUCUUGAAUCUAUUGCGUCGAAAACAUGUCGCUCGUUCGUCUGUAUAAAUACUUUAUGGAUGGUCGCGAUGAACUGGACGAGAGGAUCGGCAUGAGCGAGAAACAAAAGAAAUUAGUGCAGAACACAUGGGCCACUGUUCGCAAGGAUGAGGUGUCAUCUGGGAUUGCCAUUAUGUUCGCUCUUUUUACACGACAUCCGGAAUACCAAAACGAAUUCAGGCUGUUUAAGGAUAUGUCUUUUGACGAAUUGUCGAAAAAUAAAAGGUUUCAGGCGCACUGCGCCAAUAUUAUAGGGGCGUUGAGCGGCGUGAUCGAUCAUAUCCACGAUCCGGAGCUGAUGGAGGCAAGCUUACUCACUCUUGCCGAAAGACACAAGAUCCGCGGACAAACGCUACAACAAUUCCAAAAUUUACGGCAUGUAUUGGAGGACCUCUUUCCAUCCGUUUUCGGGAAACAAUACACGCCGGAGGUGCAAGAGGCAUGGAAAAAGAUGUUUGACUACAUCUUCCCGAUACUCUGUCGGGUUUAUAACGAUUAAGAUCACUUGAUCAUAUUAAUUUUCAAGUCGUGAUUGAAAGCAGCUUCAACGCGCACGUAUACAUAUCACUUUUUCACAAGUCAUUUGUGUCAAAUCUUUGAAUCUUUCAAGGAAAUGAUAUGAAGAAUGAUGACAUUCUUCAUAAUGUAAGUUUUAACAGCUUCAUAAGUUUUAAUUUUUUACGAGAGAAUAACAUUCGUCACGCUAUACUGACAUUCUAUACAUUUAUCAAUGUAUGACGACACAACACUAGCAUAGUACAUAAUGAUGAUCCUCGCGUAAAUUCUUAACGGUGACUAACAUUUGCAGUACGUUGUAAUGUGGAUCGGAAUGUCUUUCCGCUAAAUUACGAGGAACAUGAAAUAAAAGUCGGUAUUGCACAAAGGGGAAAAGGUGAUUCGAGAAAAUUUUGUCUCACUUUAAUAUCCUUCCGAGUAGUCUUAGAAAUUUUGUCUCACUUUAAUAUCCUUCCGAGUAGUUCUUAGAAAUUCCCAUAGCAAAAACAGAGUUUGUCCACGGUAAAGUCUACAAUUUUUUUUCCAUAGUUCUGUCAAACGUUUAUUGUUAUUACGAGAAGAGAAAAUAAACAUUGUUAUUGUGUCAAUGAUAAUAAAAAAGAUACACAAUAUCUAUCCGACACAAAAAGACGAAAAUAUAUGAAGCGGAACUAUAGUUAUCUUAUAGUUAUCUUAUAAGAUAUUGUAUGUCGACGCGUUAUACAUAUUAUUAGGUCGAGAUAAAUCUUUUUUCCAAUAAAAUACAUACAUUUAAUUUAUCGGCAUAUUUCUAUUUGAAAAACAGAAGCUGUGUUCGUGUUUGUUCAGUGUCAAUUAAAAAUUAAGUAAUCUUGUUUUUA